CUACUCGGUUUGUUUGGCGUUAGUGCUCAGAUUGAUUACACGCGUACACGUCGUUUGUUUUGUCUACAAUAAGUUAUUUUUUCGCACUACAACUCGGUGCAAAAUCGUGAUGUCGUGGGAUCGUUUACCGUUCGAAAUUUACGUGCACAUCUUCAAAAAUCUCAACUUUUGGGACAGAAAGCCACUUUCGCUGGUUUGUCAACGUUGGAACGAAGUUAUCUUCUCAAGGGCACUUUGCAGGAACCUUUGUAUCGAGCUUAGUCGAGGUGAUUGGAGCAAAAAUAGCAACGGAGGUGAUGACAUUGAAAAUGUUCGAGUACUGGAUGAAGGGGUGGUGGAGACUAGCCACCGAGACUACCGUGUUGUUUAUGUGAAAUGGUGCAAAGAUUCGAGCUCGUCCGUGUUUAACUCGAUUGACCGCCUACUGCGUGGAUUGAGCGACAAGUUUCAGCUGGAAGGUAUGAUAAUCGAUGCACCCCUUGGUCAGCAUUUAGCGAACUUUUUUCGCACGCAUGGCGACCUGUUGGCGCGUAUUCGGAAGCUACAAGUGCUAACGGAAUGUACCGAGAGUCGGUUGAGAUUGGACCGGUGCAUGCUGAAGAUGGAUCGUUUGGAGACACUGUUUUGGAGAGAGAUUGUACCGAACGAUCAGCUUGAGUUGUACCGACCGUGGAUGGUAUUGCAGGCACCAAACCUUCAAUCUGCUGUCGUUCGCCUCGGAGAUUCGGAUACGGAUCACGGUAUUAUGUGGCAUAACUGUUUCCUAGAACUAGACCAGUGCUCCAAUUUGAAUAGUUUGAAUAUUCACCUUCAUGCUCGUAUGUGGGAGAGGUUCUUCGAACAACAGUUGAGUUCAUUGGAACAAUUAACUCUUCGCCACAAAACACCAAAUUUAGAAAUUCGCGACUGGAAUGUUAUGUUUCGAAACAUGCCAAACCUGAAAAGCCUGCAAAUGUGGGAUGUUAACGACGCCAUUCUGGAGGCUAUCAACCGUCAUUGUAACCAGUUAAAAGUUCUGCUGUUGGACAAAGUCAACCUUACGCGGCAGUUCCUCCUAACCGACAGAGUGUUUCCCUGCUUGGAACAUCUUCGCUUGGAGUCGGGUGAAAUUCGUAGUAAUAGAACUUUAUGCCUACCAGUCCUUCAGAAUCUUGAAUGGUUCAACGUCACUAAUCAGGACAAUCAAAUUCUGAACAUAUUCGCCCCGAAUCUGCGUUACCUUCGACAGGCCAAACAUGGCCAAUCGGAUUUUAUACUGACCCACUGUGUUCCGUCGUGCUUGGAAAAAUUACAGCUCGAUCUGUAUGCGUCCAACAUUCCCGAUCAUCUGUUUCGGCCUUUCCCGAACAUGCGAGAUUUCAGCGUCCGGAUCAGUUCGGCCCGACCGGAUCUGGAUCGGAUUGUGCCGAAUGUGAAGAACAUCAACGAGUUCACGCUCAUUGCGUACAACGCUCCACUGCAGUGCGAUGCCAUGCUCGGUCAAAUGUUCAAACACUGUGAACAGAUCACUUCGCUAACGCUGUGCGGGUUCAAUCCGAAUCUGGAACUGUCCUUUCCGGUGUUUGCUCAGAUAUUUCGUAAUAGGAAUCUGAAGUACCUCAAAAUGUUUGGCCUUACCAUCACGGGGCACUCGUUCCCAUUGCAACUACCACCGGAUCUGGACAAGUUCGAUUUGCGUUACAUCAAGGUUAUGGACGUUGCCUUCGGUGCGUAUGUGUUCCCCCCGGACGGACCGUUCCAAAUAGUAUGCAACAAAACGGAAGAGUUUUGUUGCUAUUUUUCAAAGGAUUGUGAUUAGAUGGUUGCUGUUGUGUGGCAUGCAUAUUUAUUUAACCAAAAAAAAAAAAAUAAGAAGGCAAUUAUACAUGUUCUGUUAGGCUGUAUCAGUGUGAAUUUUCAAUAAGUACUAAUUUAAUGAUUGAUCUCUUGAUU